CACGAAGAUCUCAGUGUUGGUAAGACUGACCCCUUGGAUUUACUCGCGAGUGAUUUCUGGUCUGAAAAAGCAAACUAUAGUGAUCCGUGCCGACUACUGCACCACAAGUGUAAGGACUGCUCGUCCCUUCAGGCACAAGAUUUGUCUUACCAAACCUGGCAGGCGAUGCGAAGCAGCCGCAAUGCAGUCGAUGUGUCCGAGCUGGUCGGGCAUGUGUGCGAGGGAGCAGCGGGACCCAGUUUCGUCAGGCCAAAGGCCGAGAUUCACGCACCCGGUUUCCACGCAACCAAGUUUGGCUGCGACCGCCACCACGAGGUUGAACGCCACCGAUCCUUCCCUACAAAUGCAGUAUUUUCUAACAAUGAAUUCAUAGUGGAUUUUGUCUUUGAGUCAGGCAAUGGCGACUCUGAUAGCUUGGUCGAAAGCUCCGUGGCGGGCGCAGUGGUAGGCAACGAAGACCAGCCACAUCCCGAUACCAGUUCUGGUCAUGUCUCCAAUGAGAAAUCUUAUUCCACAACAAAAUUGCGGGGCUUAACAGAAGAUUCCAAUGUGCUGGCCCGGAAAGCGGAUGCGAAUGGGAGCCGACAGCUCUCUAGUCGCCAGAUGUCUGAGAACAGGGCGGUCCGCUCCAAGGAACGGUCCUGGCCUCUGAGAGACGCCGAGGAAGCUGAUCUCUUGCAGCAUUUCGUCGACAAAAUCACGCCAUUUUUUGACUGCACUGAUUAUCAACGGCAUUUUGCUCUUCACAUUCCUUAUCGAGCGCGACAUUGCGAGACGCUCUUCAAUGCAAUCCUGGCAAUGUCAGCAAGACAUCUGAGUCGCACCGCAUCUUUUGACCCAUUUGUUUCAGAUCACUACUUUCAGCUGUGUCUGGAAAAGCUCAUUCCGGCGCUGAAUGACCAUGAAGUUACCAUGGAUGAUGAUUUGCUGGCUGCCACCGUCAUUUUAAGGCUGCUAGAAGAGUAUGAUGCUCCCUUGGCGGGUUCGGACCUUCGGGGCCAUUCCUUUGGAACUAAGGCCUUCAUUCAAGGCCCGCCAACAACCGCAACGACAACACCACGCCUGCGACAAGCCGUCUAUUGGAGUGGCUUGCGCCAAGAGAUCUAUAAUUCUCUCAGCCUUCAACAAGCACCAGAUGUUAAUAUCGGUUCCCUUCAUUCGCAAUUUAGUUGGCUCGGUCAAGACGUCGACGAUUGCACAUGGGCAAACCAAGCCAUUGCACACUGCACUGAUGUCUUGAUGUUCUCAUUUGGCGAAGGCCCGCGUUCGACCGCUGUUCAUGCCGAGCUCCUCGCAAAAAGCCAAGAAUGGUUGGAUACGCGCCCAGACUCCUUUGACCCCUUUUUCAUCGACCGCGACGAGGUGGAGAUUGGGGCCACAUUUCCUGAUAUACGGUUUCAUUCUGCUUGGCAUGCAAUUGGGAAUCAGUACAACCAUCUUGCCCGGAUAUUGCUGCAUGUGCACGACCCAAAUCUUCCCACAAUUGGGCCACUGCGGAGACGGUUUAUUCAAAAAACCGAUGAUCUGAUUCGAAAGGGUGUAUGGACCGUGUGCGGCAUCGGACUGUCCAACGCUUCUGUUCCUCCGGCCAUGGUCGUCGGAUGCAUGGCGAUCCAUAUCUGUGGCGAUCGUUUCACGGAUCGUCAGCAGCAGGAGUUGUUGGUUCAGGUUCUUGUUCAAACAGAUGCUGUGCACGGCUGGCCAACCCAUGCUCUUCAGCGACAGCUCCGGGACACCUGGGGUGUACCAUGA